UGUAUCUAUUUUAAAUAUUUCUUUUAGCAAACUGUUAUACACUCAAAGUUGGAAUUUUUGGGGGAAGUGCAGGGAACGCUGAUCCACAACCAAGGUGUCAUAAGUGAGCAGGUUGAAAAACUCAGUCACGAUGUAAGAAAUAAUUAUAAAAAUUUAAAACUUAUAUAUAAACAUGUACCUUAUUUUUUUUGAACAGUACGUUGAUAAAUCUGAAACCCUUGCCCAAAACACUUUGCUCCGCGAAUGCAAGGUCGCGAUAAAAAAAGUAGAGCGAUCAGUCUGCCUAAUGACUGGGGAGUUAAGAGACGACGCCCUUGACGAAGUGGCCAGAAUGCUCCCAAUCAACACCCUUGAAUCGGUAUUGGAGGUUGAGGAAAAACUAAAGGAACCUCACUUCGCGCAAGCAAUGACAACAUAUUGUCAUAAGCUGAAGGGCACAUCUGAGGAGGUCGAUGGAGUCCUUCGGAAUUUGUUUACAGAUACUCUCCUGGAGUCCUUCAAUUGGGAUGGAAGGGGAGAAAGGCAAGCGUUAGCGAAACUGGAUGUUAUAGAAAAAGUAUUGAGAGGUAAAUAAAUUGCAAACAAAAAUAAGCCGAAGUCAUUUUUUAAUCAAUUUUAUUUUUUAUUUAGGCGUUUUUCAACUACAUGGUGCCUUCGAGUUUGAAAGAGGUGUGCGAAAGGCUGUAGAGAAGAGCCAUCAUCGCAUGAAGCAGAAGAAAUAUAUAUCGAAGAAAAAUAGAAUACAAUAAGUACAAGAUAGGGAUAGAGUACAACUCCACAACAAGCUUUUCCGGCGUUUGCCGGUUUUCAGGCCUUCACCUACACAAUUCAGCUAUUUCUGAAAGUCUAAAAAGCGCUGAACGCCUGAAAAGCUUGUUGUAAAGUUGUACUCUUAAAGUGUAGUAUAGUCUUACACUUAGUUUUUAAUUUUCUGUUCUUUUAUCCUUUAAAAGGCCUUUGACAUAUUAAAGGACUAACAACUUAAACAAAAAAACGCUAAAAAUACAUCAAUUCUCUGAGGUGUAGUCGUUUCUGUAUCAGCGGAAAAGUAAAAAUAUCAGAAAUAUAAAAAAU